AUAGAAUUACAGGCCACUGUCAUCUUAUCCAGAUAUCAAUACUACUCAACCCCAAUUCGAGCAUUGGCAGGAGUUGCAGAGAGCUCAACAAUGGCGAUAACCUUUGCUUCAUCAUCGGUGAUGCUCCCGUCUCCGUCUCCGUCUCCGAAACCCUCUUUUGGGUCUCUGAAGAAAACGACGCCGUUUCUUGGGUUCUCAAUCUCCGCAGCAAACCCGAAGCCCUCCUUUCCUAGGCAGAGUUUUCGUGUGAAUUGCCAGGACAAGGCAGCAGUUGUGCCCUUGGACCAGCGCUGGAUGUUCGAACAGUCCGAAGUUUCUGGCCCUGACAUUUGGAAUAAAACAUGGUAUCCCAAAGCUGCUGAUCAUAUAAACACAGAAAAAACAUGGUAUAUUGUUGAUGCAACUGAUAAGAUACUCGGAAGACUGGCAUCAACAAUAGCCAUUUAUAUUCGUGGGAAGAAUCUGGCAACCUACACUCCUAGUGUGGACAUGGGAUCAUUUGUAAUUGUGGUGAAUGCAGAAAAAGUUGCAGUAUCUGGCAAAAAGAGGACCCAGAAGCUCUACAGGAGGCAUUCAGGAAGACCAGGUGGUAUGAAAGUGGAGACAUUUGAUCAGUUACAACAGAGAAUUCCAGAAAGAAUUGUUGAACAUGCUGUUCGGGGUAUGCUUCCUAAAGGCAGGCUUGGCCGUGCACUUUUCAACCAUCUUAAGGUAUACAAGGGUCCACACCAUCCACACGAGGCUCAGAAGCCCAUUGACCUGCCCAUCAGGGACAAAAGGAUACAAAAGGAGAGGUAGAUUUUUGAGCAAAACCCUGGCAGGAGAUUCGACAAGCAAUCCUCGUUCUUCUCCAUGUUUCAUAUAUUUUCAUGGUUGGUGUUGUGGGAUUCACCUUUCUCGAUUUUGGCUUCAUGUAUUGUGAUUACAAGCCUCUUAUUCAUGUCCACUUUAAUUCGUGGAGGUUUUCUUUAUAGGAUUGGUUUGUCCUGAUCUAAGGCCCAUUCUUAAAUUCAAGGGGGAAAUCCAUUUUGUAGAUUUUCAGUUGUUUACUUGGAUCUGCAACUUAUUUGCAAGCAAGCACAUUUGAAUCAGUUAUGUUGGAAAAAGGAAAAAUCGUUUACCA